AUGGAAGAGAAGAGGCAAAUAAAAAAAGGGAAAUAUGCUGCUGAUAUUUCCUCCAUAAUGGAAGCCAAUCAACGGAUCAGACCACAUGUUCUUAGAACACCUGUUCUCACCUCCACCUCCCUUAAUGCUAUGUCAGGAAGGCAGCUACACUUCAAGUGUGAAUGCUUGCAAAGAUGCGGAGCUUUUAAAUUCAGAGGAGCUUGCAAUGCAGUCUUCUCUCUUAAUGACGAAGAGGCCGCCAAAGGGGUUGUCACACAUAGCAGCGGAAACCAUGCUGCAGCACUCUCUUUGGCAGCCAAGCUUCGUGGUAUCCCUGCGUACAUAAUUGUUCCAAAAAAUGCACCAGCUUGCAAAGUGGAAAAUGUGAAGCGCUAUGGUGGUCAGGUAAUCUUCUCUGAGGCAACUAUCAAAUCAAGAGAGGAGACUGCAGCUAGAGUACAGCAACAAACUGGUGGUAUACUUAUACCGUCAUCUAACGAUGGGCGCAUAAUGAGUGGUCAGGGCACCAUAUCACUUGAGUUUUUGGAACAAGUCCCGCAUCUAGAUACACUAGUUGUACCUAUAAGUGGAGGUGGUAUGAUCUCAGGAGUGGCAUUGGCUGCCAAGUCCAUCAACCCUGCUAUUCGAAUUUUAGCGGCUGAACCUAAUGGGGCUGAUGAUGCAGCACAGUCUAAAUCUCUUAAAAACUUGGGUCUUACAAAAUCGGCUGGGAGGAUUAUUAGGUUGCCCGAGACCAACACAAUAGCUGAUGGACUUAAAGCAUUCCUUGGAGAUUGCACAUGGCCUGUGGUUCGAGACCUAGUUGAGGAUGUGAUAACUGUGGAAGACAGUGAGAUCUUGAAAGCAAUGAAGCUAUGUUUUCAAAUUCUGAAGGUGGUUGUGGAACCAAGUGGAGCAAUUGGACUUGCUGCGGUUCUAUCAGAUGCUUUCCAGAAGAAUCCUGCUUGGAAGGACUGCAACAAUAUUGGAAUUGUUGUUUCAGGGGGCAAUGUUGAUCUAGGUGUGCUCUGGGAUUCUCUCAAUAAAGCAAUAUGA